AUGGCGGCACACGACCAGAAAGUGAUGGGCAUGCCCCCAUUCCUGGCCGAUUUUAUGAUGGGUGGCGUAUCGGCGGCUGUGUCCAAGACAGCGGCUGCUCCGAUCGAGCGCAUCAAGCUUCUCGUGCAGAACCAGGACGAGAUGAUCAAGGCUGGUCGGCUUGAUCGCCGUUACGGGGGCAUCGGCGACUGCUUCAAGCGUACAAUCGCAGAUGAAGGGACGCGUUCGCUCUGGCGCGGCAACACGGCCAAUGUGAUUCGCUAUUUCCCUACGCAGGCUCUGAACUUUGCCUUCAAAGACAAGUUCAAGGCCAUGUUCGGGUAUAAGAAGGACCGUGAUGGGUAUGGGCUCUGGGUCUUCGGAAACGCCGCAGGCGCUUUGUCCCUGCUGUUCGUGUACUCGCUCGACUUUGCCCGGACCCGACUUGCCAAUGACGCUAAGAGCUCAAAGACCGGGGGCCAGCGCCAGUUCAACGGCAUCCUGGAUGUUUACCGCAAGACCAUCGCCACCGACGGAAUCCUUGGACUAUACCGCGGCUUCAUGCCCUCCAUCAGUGGCAUCAUCGUCUAUCGCGGUCUAUACUUUGGGUCUUACGACUCGUUGAAGCCUCUCGUUCUGGUCGGCCCACUCCAAGGCAACUUCCUGGCAUCAUUCAUCCUUGGCUGGUGUGUUACAACCGGUGCCAGCACGCUCGCGUAUCCGUUUGACACCAUUCGCCGCCGCAUGAUGAUGACUUCUGGUGAGGCCGUCAAGUACAAAGGAACUCUGGAUGCGGCGCGCCAGAUUAUUGCGGCCAACGGCGUCAAGUCGCUCUUAAACGGCGCAGGAGCAAAUAUUCUCCGCGGUGUUGCCUCGGCUGGAGUGCUGGCUAUUUACGAUCAGCUCCAGAGUCUUGCCCUUGGGCACGGGGCCAAGAGUGGCUAA